AGAGUAGAGGCAUCCUAGUCAGAACUAGGAACAGUCUGAAGGAGGCCAGAGGUUUCUUGCCCAAGAUUACGCUUAGUCAGAACCGAAAUCAAUGAUGACUUCGAUAAUUGCAAUCUCUAUCGAUCUUGGCUGAUUCGCACGCGUAGUUCGCUGUACAGAUUUCGCUGUACUGUACAUAUACAGAAGAGAAGAAAAGACAGAGCGCACGUAACAGAUUUUGACUGAUUCGUACGAGCAGCAUCACUCUUCAUUAUACAUUUCAUGAAUCCAGCCUGUACAGAAGUUGACCCUCUACGCGUAGUUCAACUUUAGCUAUCUAAAUUUGACCAGGAACAGAGCUGGAAUGUUCUCCCUAGCGACAUCAGCCUCCUUAGCAGCAUAAUUUUGACAAGAGACAAAAUAGUGCUCAAAUCAGGCACAACCAGAAAAAUAAAGUUCCUCACUGGCUCCCAAGUCCAGAAUAACCGUGCUAAACAUGAUGAGCAGCUGGAUAUCGCUGUGAUCAUCCUGAACACGUGCCCUACAUGCCUGAGGACACCACAAGAGAGAAGAAUUCAGUGCAGUUGGACAUACACAUGAGAGCUUGAGAAGCAGCCGUUCAUCCGCCCAACCAUCUGCCCAGACUCCAGCCAUGGCACCCUUCUUCUCCAUCCUGCCAGUAUUAUCACUGCUUCCCCUCCUCUCAAACGCAGCGUUUACAGACACUCUGCCGCUAAGAUCCUCACUCUCCGUCGACAAGCACCAGAUCGACAUCCUGCGCUCGCCAAACGGCACUUUCACCUGCGGCUUCCACAGCAUCUACGACAACGCCUUCACCUUCUCGAUAUGGUACACCAACUCGGUGAACAAGACCAUCGUCUGGACCGCGAACCGCGACCGCCCUGUGCAUGCCAGGGGGGCGGAGGUGACGCUGCGGAAGGGCGGCACCUUGGUUCUCACGGACUACGACAGUGUGGUGGUGUGGCAAAUAGAAGCCGACCCUGCAGGUGUGCAGUAUGCCCAGCUGCUGGAAACCGGGAACCUUGUCCUGAAGAACGCCAGGGGAAUGGUUCUGUGGCAGAGCUUCGAUUCACCAACAGAUACCCUGCUGCCCGGCCAGCAUAUCAACGCAGCUACAAAGCUUGUCUCCACCACUGGAUUGCAUGUCCCAGGUCACUACAUAUUUCAUUUCACGGACUCGUCGAUAUUGUCCCUUAUAUACGACGAUGCCGAUGUUCAUGAAAUAUAUUGGCCAGACCCUGACAAUGGAGAGUAUCAGAAUAACAGGAAUCGGUAUAACAGUACAAGGAUCGCGGGUCUAGAUGAAAUGGGAAACUUCUUUUCCAGUGAUUUCGCUAACCAGCAAGCAAUUGUUGCCUCUGAUGAAGGUCAUGGGAUCAAGAGAAGGCUUACUCUGGAUCCUGAUGGCAAUCUUCGACUCUACAGCUUGAACAAUUCAGAUGGGAGAUGGUCAGUUUCCUGGAUUGCAGUGUCUCAGCCCUGCAAUGUUCAUGGAUUGUGUGGUCCAAAUGGGAUCUGCCACUACUUGCCUACGCCUACAUGCUCUUGCCCACCAGGUUACGUGAUGAGCAACCCUGGUAAUUGGAGCCAAGGUUGUAGAGCUGUUGUAGACAUUGCCUGUACAGUUGAGCAAGCGCAAGCUGUCAAGUUCUUGCGUCUUCCGGGCACCGACUUUUGGGGAUCUGAUCAACAGCGUGUUCUUGGCGUAUCCUUGCAGACCUGCAAGAACAUAUGUAGGAGCGAUUGCACCUGCAAAGGCUUUCAGUACCAGCAAGGAUCAGGGGCAUGCUAUCCAAAGGCUUUCCUUUACAAUGGGAAGGCAUACACAGCACCUACAAAAUCGUCGCGCGUGAUGCAUCUCAAGCUCCCAGUGGGUGUGAAUAUUUCGGGUAUUCCGAUUCCCCAAACCAAUGUGCUUAUUUCAAGAAAGCAACAUCCUGAUUGCGGCCAGAUGAGUGCAUCAACAAUGGAACCAUUUCCAUAUGUUCACAAGGCCAAUCAUGGGGAGGCAAAAUGGUUUUACUUCUACGGGUUUGCAGGUGCAAUUUUUGUUCUUGAAGUUUUCUUCAUUGCAUCGGCAUGGUGCUUUGUUUUGAGAUGGGAAUUGGGAGCAUCCGAAAUACAAGCAGUUGAGGAAGGCUACAAGAUGAUGACUAGUAAUUUCAGAAGAUACAGUUACAAAGAGUUGGUUAAAGCCACCAGAAAAUUCAAAGAAGAGCUUGGAAGAGGAGGCUCAGGAAUUGUCUACAAGGGAAUCUUGGAUAACAGUCGAGCAGUGGCUGUUAAGACGCUGGAAAAUGUAAGGCAAUGCGAGGAGGAGUUUCAAGCAGAGUUGAGCAUAAUUGGGAGGAUUAAUCAUAUGAAUCUAGUAAGGAUAUGGGGGUUUUGCUCUGAAAGCUCACAUAGGAUGUUGGUCACCGAGUAUAUUGAGAAUGGAUCAUUAGCUAACAUCCUAUUCAAAGACAACAUUCUGCUAGAGUGGAGGCAGAGAUUUAAUAUUGCGUUAGGUGUCGCAAAGGGUUUGGCUUAUCUUCAUCAUGAAUGUCUUGAGUGGGUAAUACACUGCGACGUGAAGCCAGAGAACAUACUGUUGGAUCGGAAUCUAGAACCCAAGAUUGCCGACUUUGGAUUGGUGAAGCUUCUGAACAGAGGUGGUUCCAAUCAGAAUGUAUCGAGAGUGCGGGGAACCAUAGGUUACAUCGCUCCAGAGUGGAUCAGCAGCCUGCAGAUCACGGCCAAAGUUGAUGUGUACAGCUAUGGAGUUGUGCUUCUUGAGCUAGUGUUGGGAAAACGAGUUCUUGACUUGGCUGUAGGUGCCGAUGAGGAAGUACAUAAGGUGCUCAGAAAUCUUGUAGGAAUGCUAGUUCACAUGUUGGAUAAUGAGGAAUCCUCUUCAAUUGCUGAGGUUGUGGACUGCAAGCUGAACGGACAAUUCAACUACAUGCAGGUAAGAACACUGAUCAAAUUGGUUGUCUCAUGCUUGGAUGAAGACAGAUGCAAAAGACCAGCAAUGGAAUCUAUAGUGCAGACACUCCUUUUAGCUGAUGAAUCUUGUAGUAUGUGCUAGGGUGAUGUUCGGCGUAAUGAAUUGUUAACAGGUGGAAAUCUUAAGCAGGAUCUGAUUUAGUGAAAUAUCAUCUUUUAGCUUUAUUUCAUUAUAGUUAUACAUAUUUUUAUGUUUAUGUACCACUCUUGACUACAAGAAAAAGAAACCUCUUGCGCUAAAAUUUCUCCAGUUAUCUUCUUUUUAAUUUUCUACUAUUGAUUGCUGAUAUUCUGCUUGCUGAGAAAUAUCAUGCACUGUUCUUCAGUUUAUGUGAUUGAACUUUGAUGGAGGUCACAGUGUGGGCUAGGAAGCUUGUUUCUCUUAAAUAGCUAAUUAAUCUCCUAGUAUAAGUGUUUAUUUCAUAUCUAAUAUUGGUAUUGUACCUGCACUGUUCUCCGUAUUUUACUUGAGGAUGUGCCACCGCAUUUAGGGAACACAAAGCAAAUCUCUAGACAAGUUGACUAAAGAGAAGGAAAACAGUUGCAGGUAUUAUAAAAGGAGCACUACGAAACUAUUCCAGUGCUAUAUACAUUAUCAUUUCGGCACCCAAAAAAGAAGAAGAAAAAAAGUUAACAACCCAAUGUGCGAAGAUGAUGCAGGCAAAUGAAACAAUAUACAGUACAAUUGGUUAGUUGCUAAUAAUGAUAAUAGAUGCUUCCGAGCAGAGUAAAUUUAUAUUAAAAAAGAGGGGGGUGCUACAACAGAUAAUAUGUUUAGAAUGGCCUUUCAUGCACAGAAAUACAUACCUCUCAUUCAGAUCAUAGUAAAACUUGCAGUUGGGUUAUCUCUGACUGCAAUAGGUUCAACUGAAGAAACAAUCCUUCUUGCGAACAGCAACAUGAUGUUUUUGUCAUCUUGGAAAAGAAAGGACCGGUGGAUCAACCUAGGAAAGGUGCAGCAAGAUCCAUGUCUUCCUCAUUUGUUCUCAUUUCACAACAGACAAACAGCAGCAGGAUUCCCCUUUGUCAUCUCCACGACAACAGCCAUGCUUUUCUUCCCUGAACCAGGGAAUCUGACCGCAGUAGGCAAUCGUGCGGACUGCAGAGCAUUGGUCGCUCGACCAACGAGUCCAGUGGAUCGUCCCCGGCAGCGGCGCAUGCCCCGCGGUGCUGAAGCCUGAAGGCGCUUCAGCAUGGCGACCUUCAACGACCGCUUGCUCAGUGUCAAGGCGGCGAGCCUCAGCACAAUGGAUCCAGCUAUUUGAGCAAACAGCACAAGGGCAUCCUCUUCCGGCAAAGCGCAAACACCAUGCCGCCCGAACGCGGCCAUCGCAUCCACGUUUUGUGGCAUUUGGUUCUUCGCUCCCGUCGAUGCGUUGCUGCCUUGGAGCACGCCGCUCCGUGUCCUCUAGCCUUGCGCAUCUUCCAAUGGAGCCAGAAAUUUACUCUGAAAGCAAUUUGAAGUCGGGAAAUACAAUUGAAGUGCGGCAUGGCGGCGGAUCGGCGGCCGGCGGUUGGGCGGUGGAGCUGAAGCGGGCGCAGCGUGGCGGCGCGGCGAGCCGGGGCGACGGCAGGGUCGCCGCUGGUUGUGGUUUGGCCAGCAACGGUGGUUGGCGGUGGCGGCGGCCGCGGUUUGCCCGGUUGGCGGGGUUGGGGAGAGGCCCGCCGGCCGCCGUGUCCAGCUGGCGAACGGGAGGCUGCGGAGGUGCGGGGGCUGUCUUCGGGGUGGAGCGGGUGCGCCGGCGAGGGGGGCGGCGCUGGCAAUUGGUGGUCGGGUUGGAUUGGGGGGGAGAA